AUGACCGAUCAUAGUUCCCGGCCCCCGGCCGGCGACCAACUCCUUCAGCUGUCACUCCAAUUGGGCACACUGUCAACAACCCCCCGGCGGCGCGACGCCCGGGUGCAGGCAAGGCGCACAGGCAUCACCAAAAACAGGCCGGCCGGUCGGCGUCCCCGGCGUCCCCGGUCGAACCCGGUCCCGGAGGGCAAAUCGGAAACCAUUCCGGCUCCGUACCCGUGGGCCACGAACCAGCGGGCCCGGAUCCACACGAUGAGCCACCUCAUCAGCCAAGGGAUCACGUCCAUAACGGGGCAGGUGCAGUGCAAGAAGUGCGAGGAGAGGUACGAGAUGUCGUACGACCUGGUGUCCAAGUUCGAGGAGGUGGCGGCGUUCAUAAGCGAGAACAAGUACAGGAUGCACGACCGGGCGCCCGCCGUCUGGAGCGACCCGACCCUGCCCGACUGCAGGGCCUGCGGGGGAACCGACUGCGCCAAGCCCGUCAUGGCCAAGAAGCGGGACAUCAACUGGCUCUUCCUCUUGCUCGGCCAGCUCAUCGGCUGCUGCAAGCUCUGGGAUUUGAAGUACUUCUGCAAGCACACCAGCAACCAUCGGACCGGGGCCAAGGACCGGGUCUUGUACUUGACCUAUUUGGCGGUUUGCAAGCAGCUCGUGCCAUCGGGUCCUUUCGAUGCCUGA